GCUAGUGUUGUAGAACUGAUGAUACAACAUGGCGCUGAUGUUAACAAGGCUGAUAGAGAUGGAAAGACAGCACUUCACUAUCUGUGUGCGAGUGGUGAUGUUGAUGCUAGUGUUGUAGCACUGAUGCUACAACAUGGCGCUGAUGCUAACAAGGCUGACAUAGAUGGAAAGACAGCACUUCACUUUCUGUGUGGGAGAGGUGAUGAUGAUGCUAGUGUUGUAGAACUGAUAAUACAACAUGGCGCUGAUGUUAACAAGGCUGACAGAGAUGGAAAGACAGCAAUUCAAUAUCUGUGUGAGAGAAGUGGUGUUGAUGCUAGUGUUGUAGAACUGAUGAUACAACAUGGCGCUGAUGUUAACAAGGCUGAUAGAGAUGGAAAGAAAGCACUUCACUAUCUGUGUGCGAGUGGUGAUGUUGAUGCUAGUGUUGUAGCACUGAUGCUACAACAUGGCGCUGAUGCUAACAAGGCUGACAUAGAUGGAAAGACAGCACUUCACUAUCUGUGUGCGAGAAGUGGUGUUGAUGCUAGUGUUGUAGAACUGAUGAUACAACAUGGCGCUGAUGUUAACAAGGCUGAUAGUUGGGGAAAGACAGCAUUUCACUAUCUGUGUGCGAGUGGUGAUGUUGAUGCUAGUGCUGUAGAACUGAUGAUACAACAAGGCGCUGAUGUUAACAAGGCUGAUUUCGAUGGAAAGACAUCAUUUGACUUUCUGUGUGCGAGAGUAUAUCAAACAAGUAUAUACAUCAUUUAAAAUGAAAGGCGGGGAGAGGGUAUAUCAAAUAGAGCAUAUACAUCAUUUAAAAUGAAAGGCGGGGAGAGGGCAUAUCAAACAAGUAUAUACAUCAUUUAAAAUGAAAGGCGGGGAGAGGGUAUAUCAAACAAGUAUAUACAUCAUUUAAAAUGAAAGGCGGGGAGAGGUUAUAUCAAACAAGUAUAUACAUCAUUUAGAAUGAAAGGCGGGGAGAGGGCAUAUCAAACAAGUAUAUACAUCAUUUAAAAUGAAAGGCGGGGAGAGGGUAUAUCAAAUAGAGCAUAUACAUCAUUUAAAAUGAAAGGCGGGGAGAGGUUAUAUGAAAUAGAGCAUAUACAUCAUUUAAAAUGAAAGGCGGGGAGAGGGUAUAUCAAAUAGAGCAUAUACAUCAUUUAAAAUGAAAGGCGGGGAGAGGGCAUAUCAAACAAGUAUAUACAUCAUUUAAAAUGAAAGGCGGGGAGAGGUUAUAUCAAACAAGUAUAUACAUCAUUUAAAAUGAAAGGCGGGGAGAGGUUAUAUCAAACAAGUAUAUACAUCAUUUAGAAUGAAAGGCGGGGAGAGGGUAUAUCAAACAAGUAUAUACAUCAUUUAGAAUGAAAGGCGGGGAGAGGGCAUAUCAAACAAGUAUACACAUCAUUUAAAAUGAAAGGCGGGGAGAGGGCAUAUCAAACAAGUAUAUACAUCAUUUAAAAUGAAAGGCGGGGAGAGGUUAUAUCAAACAAGUAUAUACAUCAUUUAAAAUGAAAGGCGGGGAGAGGUUAUAUCAAACAAGUAUAUACAUCAUUUAGAAUGAAAGGCGGGGAGAGGGCAUAUCAAACAAGUAUAUCCAUCAUUUAAAAUGAAAGGUGGGGAGAGGGCAUAUCAAACAAGUAUAUACAUCAUUUAGAAUGAAAGGCGGGGAGAGGGUAUAUCAAACAAGUAUAUCCAUCAUUUAAAAUGAAAGGUGGGGAGAGGGCAUAUCAAACAAGUAUAUACAUCAUUUAAAAUGAAAGGUGGGGAGAGGGUAUAUCAAACAAGUAUAUCCAUCAUUUAAAAUGAAAGGUGGGGAGAGGGCAUAUCAAACAAGUAUAUCCAUCAUUUAAAAUGAAAGGUGGGGAGAGGGCAUAUCAAACAAGUAUAUACAUCAUUUAGAAUGAAAGGCGGGGAGAGGUUAUAUCAAACAAGUAUAUACAUCAUUUAAAAUGAAAGGUGGGGAGAGGGCAUAUCAAACAAGUAUAUACAUCAUUUAGAAUGAAAGGCGGGGAGAGGUUAUAUCAAACAAGUAUAUACAUCAUUUAAAAUGAAAGGUGGGGAGAGGGCAUAUCAAACAAGUAUAUACAUCAUUUAGAAUGAAAGGCGGGGAGAGGGUAUAUCAAAGUGGGUUUUUUCUAACUGGGUUCCACAUGAGUCCCAAAUGAUAUUAACUUUAAUGCAUAUCAGACGAAUUUGUUUGUAUCAUAUGCUAUGAAUGUUUGUUUGAUGUUGUUUAUAAGAGUAAUUUAUUGUAAAUAAACAUAAACAGCCGGAUAGGCCCUUUAUCAAAGGGAAGUAACUCCAGUUUAUGAGGUGCUCAGGCUGGUUUCCGUUAUCACUCGUCCUGGUGUCUCAUAGGGCCAGCGCCGAAACCCGGUGAAUGAAACAUCACGUUUGUUAAGUGUCUGCUUUGUCAUUACAUUGUCAUGUUACAAAAUAUAGUCCGAAGUCCCACACACCGACACAGUGAUACAAUGCAAUGCACGGCCCUAUAUUCGGGAAAAGAGUCCAAGUCGCAAAGAUCUACAAGCAAAGUUAUGGGAACUGAUACCCAGACCGUUUUCCUUCGCAGUCUAUAUUAUCAGCGUUGCCUGUACACGAGCAAACGGCAUCAGGUACGCCUCCGACUUUCUAUGUAUCUAUUGUGCGCACUUCCGUGAACAAAGUUACCGGGUUUAGCAAAGCAGGAACCUUUACGUACGAGAAUAGGAGCAACACAUAAUGUUACUGGUUUCACGAGGUAGCCUGAAAUAAUACAAAAGGGACGAAAUAAGCAUGAAUGCUGUUUAUGGAGGAACUAAAUAAACAAGAUACAACCAAACCAGUUGUCUGUUCUUUGUGCUGACUGUGGACUGUUGUCCUGAAUGUUUGUGUUAUGAGAGUGAAGAACUGAUGUGUGUAUUCAACAUUAUUUUGACCAAUAUAUCUGGAUAAAUUCAUUCUUUGUCUGAUUUUUAAAUAGGGUAACAGAUAAAAGACAGAAACAUAUUAAUCAGUAUUUUAAUGUUUAAUUGGCAUCUUCCCAUUUUUACGAAAAAAAAUAUCCAAAUUAUGACCGAUUUAAAAAGUGACUGUGCAGUAAUUAUAGAACAGGUUUAAUCCUUAUUUCUAAACUCGUACAUACACGGACUAUGGAAUAUACACAACGCGUAUGAUGCUUUGUACAUGUAGAUAUAUGGGAUUGUGAUACCUGAAAAUAUUAUAUACAUGCAGGGGAAAACAGGUUCACACACAAAAUCCAUCUGUCAAGUCUACCAAAUGUAGGCCCAUGUGGGACCCUGCUGGAUCACUUGGACAAAUCUGAACAGGGCCAAGAAGGGCUACCCAUGUAAGACCCAUUUCCCAUUAACCCCAAGUGGGCCCAUGUGUAAAUGGUAGCUGUGAAUUGUUACUUACAAAACCGGUUGUUAAAUAACAUAUCAGUAAUUGUCAUAUCAGUUCUUAUUAAAAUAUUAACCCAUUGCAUUCACAUCCCGCUCACGCUUUCAUAUUCAAGGUCUCAGUGAAGCUUUCAAACUGUUUUAAGGAUGACAUGUGGUGGAUAGUGGGAUGUCCGAUGUAAAUCUCUAUUUUGACUUGAACCAUAUGUUUUGCUCACCUUUCCGCCACUUGCUAGUGA